UUCUAGAAAUCCCUAUAUACUCAGGACCAAGAAGGUCACGUUCACUUUACUAUUUCAACGAUACACGUAUAAGUAGGGUGCCCGACGUUAUUCCAAUCGAACCCCGAAAUACGAAGCCUAAACGUAAAUCCGGACUUUUUUCGACCCGAAACGCGAAACCCUUGAAAAUUUUCUUAACCCUUGAUAUGGCACUUCCCGUUAUUAAGGUUGGCACUUAUAUAGCACUUUCCGUUACUAACCUGUACGCUCGUUUUUCGGUUACCCACAGUUUCGGUUUCGGGUCGAUUAAUUGUUUGUCUCCAAGCCUACUUGAUAUCCAUAAUACUCAUAAGUUGUUUGACUCUGUUUACUCUUCUUAA